AUGGGUAGACAAGAUUUACCACCAAUCAAAGGUUACGAGCCUAUUCAAUGGAAGAGAAAUCUGCCAUCUAGGGGUUUCAGACCAAGUAUUUGGUUAGGUAUGCUAAUUGGACUUUCCUCGUAUGGUUUCUAUAAGUUAAUUCAAGGAAACAGGGAAAAUAUCGAACUUUCAAGAGAAAAAUUGUGGGCAAGAAUCAACUUGAUCCCAUUACUUCAAGCUGAGCAGGAUCGAGAUGUCGUCAGAAGGACAUUGAGCUAUUAUAACAGGGAAGCUGAGAUAAUGAAGGAUGUUCCAUGGUGGGAGGUUAGGAACACAUACAGUGACAAAAAUGAGUUUCAACCUCCUCAUACUGUUCUCGUUGGUAAACAAUUAGAUAAAAAUCAUGGUAUUUACAAUGGAAACUCGAGAAAUAGAUGGGGCCCCGAUGACAGUCCAAAGAAGGAAACCAGCAGCUAA